UAAAUGGCGGAAUCAGUGGAGAAAGACACUUCGAAUGAGGAGGUUCUGUCCUUCGAACUCCCUGCCCCUCCUGGCUGGAAGAAAAAGCCUCAGAUUGAAUUUGUAGAUGAUAUGGUGUCUGAGUAAGGUGGAUGUUCAUGGCUGUAAAAUCCAAAAUAAGUUGAACUGGUCAUCUCCCUGCAACCAGGCUUACAUGUUUCCACUGAAAAUCUGUGGCCAUGUAUGGUUCGACUGCCUGGUCCUUCAUCCGACAGUUAAAAGUGAUAGAGUUGAAUCCUAAGGCUAGGGAAAGCUUUCGAUGUCUCAAACACGCUAAGAUCAAUGUGCUUCUGGUUGCCUUACCAGACUUCUCAAAGCCAUUCCUUGCAGAAAGGAAUGGUAUAGAUCAAAGAUUUCUAUACGCACGCAAGAGCAAUGCCUUAUUGUCGGUUUCUUCUUUUGAACAAGAAACGAAACUUUUCAUUGAUGCAAUGAAUAGAAACUAUAGCUCCAAGGAUACAAAUUCCAUAAAGGAGUGAAAUGCACCAAGAAGAAGCCUUCAAAACUGCAGAAUUAAUGCGAUCAGACCAAGGAGAGGAGACUUGUGUUCAGGUCUCCAUCCAAGCUUCUCUUGAUGAUAUGGUUACAAUCCCAUAUAUUAAAGGUAACCGAUGGUAAUUGUAUUUUCCAUUAAAAAAUGGCCUUCAUACGUAUUGGGCCAAUGAUUAAAAAAUUGUACAGAUCAACGCAGCUUGAAGUUCUUCUACAAACAACCGUGUGAAGGCGAAUUUCCGAAGAGGAUCGGGAAGCCUGAGCUGAGAAGUGAGGUACAUGACAGGAAUUGGUAGUUUGUUCUAGGGAAGGCAGAGGAAGGAAAGAUAGUUUUCCUACUAGAGAAUGGAUAGCAUCUGAAAUGGCUGGCCACUUUGUACUCUUGCCUUAUUUUCUUUUGGAAAUGAUAAAAGUCUCUUGCCAGGGUAUUCAUUUCAUUAGAUCUUUUUCAGAUGAAGGUGGAUGAAUGGUUAGUGAUGAAAAAAAGGACAGACAGACUUUAGCUCUGAGUAGGCAGCCUGAUAGCAGAUGGUCUACCAGAAGGGCCGAGCAUCGUUUCUGGACAACCGAUCAGACCCUUAGCCAAGAGGAGGUGUCUUGUAAGGUUAUGAAAUUUAGAAUAUACUCAAAUUCGUGAGAUUUUUCUUCUGGCUUCUUGAUCUUGGGAAGGUUAAUUCUUUUUAAUCUUAUACAGAAACUCAAUAGCCCUCGAUACCGAUCGUGACAACAUAAGGACUCCUAUCAAUGCAGUCUGUUUUGGCAAAUUUAUGUGUCUGUUUUUUCCCAAGCAAGGUAAAUCCCCUAGGAAACAUGAGGUCAUCUUCAUAACUCCUACAGGGGAGGAGAUCAACCACAAAAGGAAGUUGGAUCAGUAUCUGAAGGCACACCCCGGUGGCCCGGCAGCUGCUGAAUUUGAUUGGAGCACGGGCGAGACGCCGAGGAGGUCAGCAAGGAUAAGCGAAAAGAGUAAAGUGACUCCACCGGUCGAACGUGAGCAUCCCAAGAGAAGAAGAUCUUCUGUGUCGAAGAAAGAUAUUAAAGAAACAGAAGCUGAACCAGAAGUUUUGGAGGAGGAGAAAGAAAUUGACAACCAAGACGGUGAAAAACAUGAGAGCAUGGUUGAUGCUGAGGUAAAAGAUGAAAAGGUAACAAAAGAUGAAGCUGUGGAUGCUGAAAAACAAGAACAUAAGAUAGCUAGUGAAUCAGAACAAGAAAAAUUGGACAAAGAUCUCAAUGAGAAGGAACCUGAAAGCUCCAAAUUAAACCUCAAUGAGAAUCUGGAGGGAGCAAAGCAAGAGGAAGCCAUUGAGGAACCACAAGUUCAGAAGAAGCCUGAUGGUAAUCUGGGUGAAGCUACCGAACCCGUUUCCCUUAUACCCGAUGAAAACGAAAACGAAAACGUGCCAGAGGAGAAUAAAAAACCUAUUCAGCAGGAUAUCGAACUUGACAAAGGAGCUGCAACUCCAGAAAAGAGUGAGAAACAUACCGAGGCCGACAAGAUUGUUGACGUCGCCGUGAAUGGCAGCGGCGGGAAUGAAGGUGACGAGGUAAAGACUUGAAAACGAUAUUACGUUUCUGGCUGUAGCCUCUUCAUUGGUGUUUUGAACAGAUUCAGAUUGCUGGGUUGGUCUGUGAUUCUGAUGUGGUUAAUUGUAGUAAUCUAAUUAUUGACAGAAACAUCCAUAGAUUAGGUUUAUUAUGUUCCAUCGCUUGUUGUUCACUUGUACUGAAUAAAAUUGUAGUUCAUAAUGAUCUCUGUAACAAUCAAGUUUAAUAUGCUUGUACCAUGUUGUUGUAAUGUAAACCUUUGUAAGGUAGAGAUUUAUGCAUACUCAUUUAGUUACAAUCA